AUGUUCGUUAAUAAUUCUUGUCUGCCAAAUAGUAUGAAUUGUAUUAUUGCGCCAUUAAAUGGAGUUGGUGGUGUGUAUUUAGGAAAUCUGGAUGCUGCAUAGAAUUCGGAGCUGUUAUCAAAAUAUUAAAUAGGAGCUGUUCUCUCAGUGAUAGAUUAAUCAAUUUAGAUCAAAGGGGCUUAGAAAUUGUGGAUAAUGGCUGAUGAUUGUGAAGAUUUCCCUUUGCAUAAAUAUUUCGAUCAGGCUAUAAAAUUUAUUGAUAACCAUUCUCUUAAGACCAAUAUAUUGAUUCAUUGUUAUGCUGGAAUUUCACGAUCUGCUGCUGUUUGUGCUGCAUAUAUGAUGCAAAAGUAUAAAUGGAAUUUGAAUUAAACUCUUCGACAUAUUUAGUAAAGGAGAAAAUUCAUAAAUCCAAAUCCAGGUUUCAUGAAACAACUUUAGGAUUAUGAAUAAAAAAUGAAAAGCAAAUAAAUAAGAAAAAAUAGCUCAGUUCUAAUGGAAUCCAAUGAGAAAUCUAGACAUAGUUCUGUCGGAUAUGAUGGAAAUGUCAUAAAUCUAAAUGGAACCAAUUCUAUGAAUAAAUAAGUGCUAAAUCAAACUAUGUAACAGAAUCAAAGAGAUAGACUAAGUGAUUUCAAUGUAAAAUUAAACUCAUACAUGCAUUAAUGGAAAAUAAGAGAAAGAGCCCAUUGAACAAUAUUUUUAUACUAAUUUUAUUUAAUGACGCAUUUUCAUUA